AGUUAAGUUAGCAAACCUUGCCGGCCGUAGUCAGUGUUGUCAGUAUCGUCGUCGAGCGUGGUACUACGCCAGUAAACGCGAGGUAUUGAUUGCGGUAGCUUGUGCGGGUUUCUCAGGCACAAAGGAUCGAUCGUAACACUUCGUUUGUCCCUGAAUUACAAGUUCCGAGGUGUGAAUACCUGGAUUCAGUGGAGUGGGUGACAUUGGAACAUGGACAUCAGACUUUUACUGUUAGCCCUGGGUAUCAUCGGAGCAAUGGUUGCCUCCGUGGCGACGAGGCUCGGGUUCCCCGGGUUCAACAAGAUCGCUCAGAUUUUUCUAGCCCUGGUGCUGCUUCCGGUGCUUUGCAGAUUCCAUCGGAAGCUGUACAUCGUUUGCAAGAUGCUGCCGCGCGACGUUAGAUUCCUGUACCGUGCUAUCAGAGCUGAGCUCGAGAUGAAGGUGCAACGUCGAAACAACAUGACCGUCGCGAAGGUUUUUAAGAAAAGAGUGGAGAGUGACCCGCACAAGCCUUGCUUCAUUUUCGAGGAUCGCGUUUGGACGAAUUCUGACAUCAACAGAUAUAGCAACCAGAUAGCGUCCGUCUUUCAAAAAGCUGGAUACGUUAAAGGGGACGCCGUAGCUUUGAUGAUGCCAAACAGGCCAGAGUACGCCGCUGUUUGGCUUGGCCUGGGUAAACUCGGUGUCGUUACAGCUCUAAUCAACACAAAUUUACGACUCCAGUCUUUGAUCCAUUGUCUCCGUAUCGCUCAAGUCAAAAGUAUUAUUUACGUCGAGGAAUACACGUCUGCCAUCGAUGACAUUAAGGACACAGUGCCCGGUAUCGUGAGAUACAAGGUGCUGAGUAAAUCGAAAACGUGCGAAGACGGUGUGCACGAUCUGAAUAAACUCCUGUCGGAAGCCAGCAUCGAGGAGCCGGUGGUGGACGUAGAACCCAGCUACAGAGACAGGCUGAUGUACAUUUACACAAGCGGCACCACCGGUUUGCCAAAAGUGGCGAUAGUUCCCAACUCCAGAUACUUGCUAGCUGUAUUGCCAUUUAACUUGCUAGGGUUGAAACCGGACGAUAUCUUAUACAAUCCAAAUCCACUGUAUCAUACAGCCGGUGGUAUAUUAGGAGUAGGUUUCGCGAUACUAAAAGGUAUACCGACCGUCUUGAGGAGCAAGUUUUCAGUGACAGCUUAUUGGACAGAUUGCAUCAAAUAUAAAUGUACCGCAGCACAAUAUAUUGGUGAGAUGUGCCGUUACUUGCUCAAUUCCCCGCCUCGGCCGGAAGACACUGCACACAGUUUGAGGCUCAUGUUUGGAAAUGGCAUGAGACCACAGAUAUGGAGCGACUUCGCCGAACGCUUCAAGAUCAAUCGAAUUACCGAAUUCUACGGGUCGAGCGAAGGAAACGCUAAUAUCGUGAAUUUGGAUGGUCGAACCGGCGCUGUUGGCUUUGUACCACUAAUUGUACCUAGGGUAUUUCAUCCUGUGGCAAUCAUUCGAGUAAAUAACGACACGUACGAGCCAGUUAGGGGUCCAAAUGGAUUGUGCAUAAGAGCAAAUAUAAACGAACCAGGCAUGCUAAUAGGAUUGAUAAAAGAAGGAAAUGCGUCGAGAGAGUUUAAUGGAUAUUUAGACAGACAAGCGUCGGAAACGAAGAUAAUAGAAAAUGUAUUUGUUAAAGGCGAUAAGGCCUUCUUAACUGGUGACAUAUUAAUAGAAGACGAGUGCGGUUACAUUUAUUACAAAGACAGAGUGGGAGAUACGUUUAAAUGGAAAGGUGAAAAUGUUUCUACUGCUGAAGUGGAAGGUAUUCUAAGCAGCAUUGCGGAUCUUCGGGAUGUUAUCGUCUAUGGGGUUCAGGUACCUGGAAUGGAAGGAAGAGCAGGUAUGGCAGCGAUUGUCGAUCCAGAUAGUCUGCUAGAUUUCAAAGCCCUUGCGGAAGGCUUGGAAAAAACACUUCCGGCUUACGCGAGACCAAUUUUCUUAAGAAUCGUUAAGGAACUCGAAAUAACAGGAACAUUUAAAUUAAAGAAGCUAGACCUUCAGAAGGAAGGCUUUGAUCCAAAUAAAAUAAAAGACAAAGUGUACUUCCUAUCUGGAAGCAAGGAGUACAUCGAGAUCACACCUGAACUUUACCAAGAGAUCAUAUCCGGAUCAAAGAAGUUCUAGUCGUUGUAUUAAUGCUUCAUGAAUAACUUCUAAGUGUUGAAAAUAUUUUUUAAAAGUUAGAUGUAUAAUUUUUUUUAUUACAUGAACAUGACUUUAUGCACGCGCCAUGUAGAUACAACGCAUAGGAUUUUAUAAUAUUACAUGAACCAUAGAGUUUAGGUAGAAGUUUUUGGAUAAUGUUAUUUUUAUGAAAGCUCAAGGGGAGCUUGUGUAGUAAGGAAUUUCUGUCACGAAAAGCCAAUUCGGUUUUGCCAAUAGUCACAUUAAAGCGAACGAAUAAGGUGACAUGUUCCUGUAUAUUUUAUAAAUAUUCUGUACAUUUUUAAACGUAUGAAUGAAUGGCAUUGUAGAUAGAAACGUAGUCUAAAUAAAACCAUAAAUAACA